CCAACUCUGUCUUCUCACCCAGAGCAGCUGCUGCCUUCCUGCCUGUCCCACCGAGCUGCCACCAUGAGCUUCUCCACCCAGAGGGUCUCCUCGUACCGCCGUACUUUCGGCGGGACAGCUGCCCCUUCCUUCCCAUCCCCUUCUUUUCCAAGGGCUUCCUUCGGCACCAAGGGCUCUUCUGCCAGCUCCAUCUCCUCUCGGGUAUACCAAGUGUCCCGUAGUGCUGCCGUGCCCACCCUUUCUAGCUUCCGUGGAAGCUACUCGGCCCCGCUGCGUUCGGCCUAUCAAGGUGCCGGCGAGGUCCUCGACUUCUCCCUAGCUGAUGCCAUGAACCAGGAAUUCCUGCAAACCCGUACGAAUGAGAAAGUGGAGCUGCAGGAGCUCAAUGACCGCUUCGCCAAUUACAUUGAGAAGGUCCGUUUCCUGGAGCAGCAGAAUGCCAUCAUGGUGGCUGAAGUCAAUCGACUCAAGGGCAAGGAGCCCACACGCAUCGCCGAGAUGUAUGAGGAAGAGCUGAGGGAACUGAGGCGCCAGGUGGAGGUGCUGACCAACCAGCGAGCGCGGGUGGAUGUGGAGAGGGACAAUCUGAUAGAUGAUCUCCAGAAGCUGAAGCAGAGGUUGCAAGAGGAGAUUCAUCUUAAAGAAGAAGCAGAAAACAACCUAGCUGCUUUCAGAGCUGAUGUUGAUGCAGCCACUCUGGCCCGUCUUGACUUGGAGAGGCGUAUCGAAUCAUUGCAGGAAGAAAUCGCUUUCCUCAAAAAAGUGCAUGAAGAAGAAAUUAGAGAAUUGCAAUCCCAGCUACAAGAGCAACAAAUCCAGGUGGAGAUGGACGUGUCAAAGCCAGAUCUGACCGCAGCACUGCGUGACAUCCGUGCCCAGUAUGAGAAUAUUGCUGCAAAGAACAUAUCAGAAGCAGAGGAAUGGUACAAGUCUAAGGUGUCUGACUUGACUCAGGCAGCAAAUAAAAACAAUGAUGCCAUUCGCCAAGCCAAGCAGGAGAUGAUGGAGUACCGGCAUCAAAUCCAGUCAUUCACCUGUGAGAUUGAUGCGCUCAAGGGCACGAAUGACUCUCUGAUGAGGCAGAUGAGAGAGAUGGAGGAGCGCUAUGCUGGUGAGGCCGGCAAUUACCAGGACACAAUCCAGAGGCUUGAAGAGGAGAUCAGGCAUUUGAAGGAUGAGAUGGCACGGCACCUGCGCGAGUACCAGGACCUGCUCAAUGUCAAGAUGGCUCUUGACGUUGAGAUUGCCACUUACCGCAAGCUGCUGGAGGGUGAAGAGAGCAGAAUUUCACUGCCCAUUCAAACUUUUUCUGCCAUUAACUUCCGAGAGACCAGCCCAGAGCAGAGGAGCUCUGAGGUCCAUACCAAAAAAACAGUGACCAUCAAAACCAUCGAGACACGUGAUGGGGAGGUGGUCAGCGAAGCCACGCAGCAACAGCAUGAAAUGCUGUAGGUCUUGUAACUCCCAGAGCGACGUGGCCCAUCUCAACCCUCUCCUUCUCGUGUGCAAAAAAUCAGGGGAUGUCGGUUCCCACACCUUCUCCCUCACACCCCUUUUCUAAGAGCGUCACUGGAGAACCUCACCUGCUCAACUGAAUGUACAAGAAGCCUUCUGUUCCCCAAAGCCUCUCUCCUUUGGCUCCCUUUCUGCCUUUCCUUUCCUUUCCUUUCCUUUCCUUUCCUUUCCUUUCCUUUCCUUUCCUUUCCUUUCCUUUCCUUUCCUUUCCUUUCCUGUCCUUUCCUUUCCUUUCCUUUCCUUUCCUUUCCUUUCCUUUCCUUUCCUUUUUUUCCUGUCCUUUGGCAGGAGGAGGGUAGAAAGAGAGGUGCAGCUCUGUGUGUAUGUGUGUGUGUGUGUGUGUGUGUGUGUGUGCGGUACGUGCAUGCAUGUGCUAGAGGCAAGGCUUCCUGCCCCUGUACAGGGUCUGGCCGUUGCCUGAAAAGAAAACUCUCAUCUGCCUUUACAUGGUCACACGUGCCCUGAGCCACAUAUGUGUGUGCUCUGAUAGUCAUGUGUAAUUAACAACCCCAACCCGACUGUGGGUCCCUGCCCCUUCUGGGUCCUUCUGCUGCAGCAGUAAUGAGAGCUACCUGCAGGCCAUGCACAGACAGAGGAAAGGGGAGGACGUGUGAGCAUAGCCCAGAGAAUGAGGCUGAGUCACCUGCCCAGUCUUGCCUCCGGGACCAAAGCCACAGACUUGCCCCUACCCUCAGGGAGCAGGACUCCUUGCUUGUGGGUGGGUGAUGCUUGUAUCUCUAAGCCCAGUGCCCUGUCCCUUUUGCUAUGCUACUGAAGCUCUGUUGGACAAGGUUUUUCCCCUUCCUGUCUUGGGGGUUUCCUACAAGUGUAGGCUAGGGUGCUAGGAAAAUUAGGAGCAAGUGAGUGAGGCCUCUUAGAGUAGAAGGUUUGGGCCCAGAAGGGGACAAGCCCUCCCACAUUCCUGCUGUGAAGUAAAGCUCCUAAUUUGGGAGGUGGGAUAUAAAGGCCACCAAGGAGAGGAGCAACAUGCCAGGGGCAAUGCACCCACUAGUGCCAGCUUCUCUGCCUGGAGUAUGAUCCCUUGCCACAUCCCAAAUCUGUCCCACAGGGACUGCUGAAAGGCCUGCAAAAGAUUGUGUAGAAGAGAAGGAACUGGCAGGUGAUCAGAUGAUGGAGAGGGAGAGAGCAAGCAAAGAACAGUUGGUAAUUGUGAAUGAAUGGAGAGAGAGAGAGAGAGGACAUGGAGAGAGAAUGAAUACUCCUAGCCCUGCACCCCCAACACAUACUGGUCCUGCAAAGAGAUCAAUAAAACUAUGCAGCACAAAA